AUGUCAGGAAACGCCUCUCUCCGCCGCUGAGCCUCUGGGUGCCCGGUGGGAAAGCCAGGCUUGGUUCCGGGUGACAGGCACCGGUCCUGGAGGUGAACUCCCUCUCAGCUCCAGUUCUUUUUCGAAACAGCCUGACGGGCAUUUUCAAGUGACCUCAGCCUCUUUAUCUUUAUUUCACCGUUGGUCGAAAGCAACAAGACAUCAGGAUGUGUUCACUGGGGCCUCAGGGACUCACGAUUAGCAACGCAGAGGCAAACGGUGAGAAGACCACAGAGGUUUCCAAGAAGGCUAAAAUGAGUGGAGACACCUCGACCCUGCACCUGGGCGGCAUCCCGCCAGCCACGCUCAAUAAGGUGCAGAAGUACCUGGAGCAUUUCCAUCUGUCUCUGGAGAGGCUGCAGUGGGUUUCUGCUCGGCUGAGGAAGGAUAUGAUCCGAGGUUUGGGGAAACACUCGCAUCACAAGGCGGCCGUUAAGAUGCUGCCCACCUUCGUCAGGGCCACGCCGGACGGGACGGAGAAAGGCGACUUCCUGGCGUUGGAUCUCGGUGGGACGAACUUCCGUGUGCUUCAUGUCCGUGUGGUGGAGGAGGAGCAGAAGGUGCUGAAGAUGGACAGUCAGAUCUGCGCCAUCCCGCAGGAAAUCAUGCUGGGAACUGGAGACCAGUUGUUCGACCACAUCGCGGCCUGUCUCGGAGAAUUCCUCGACUCCCAGGAGCUGAAGGGACAAACUCUGCCUCUGGGCUUCACCUUCUCCUUCCCCUGCGAACAGAAAGAAAUCGACAAGAGCAUCCUGAUCCGCUGGACCAAAGGCUUCAACUGCUCCGGAGUGGAGGGAGAAGACGUGGUGAAGUUACUGAAGGAGGCCAUUCGCAGGAGAGGGGACUAUGAUAUCGGCUCGGUUGCCAUGGUGAACGACACGGUGGGCACGAUGAUGAGCUGCGGCUACAGGGACCAGAGCUGUGAGAUCGGCAUGAUCAUCGGUACGGGAACCAACGCCUGCUACAUGGAGGAGAUGAAGAACGUGAAGCGUGUGGAGGGCGAGGACGGGCGGAUGUGCAUCAACACAGAGUGGGGCGGCUUCGGAGACGACGGCUCUCUGAAAGACAUCCAGACGGAGUUUGACGUGGAGGUGGACGAGACGUCCAUCAACCCUGGCGUCCACACCUUCGAGAAGAUGAUCAGCGGCAUGUACUUGGGAGAAAUUGUUCGACUGCUGCUGGUGAGGCUGACGGAGGACAAGCUGCUGUUUAACGGACAGGCGUCAGAGGCGCUGAGGACCCCGGGAAGUUUCGAGACAAAGUUCAUCUCUGAGAUCGAAGAGCGGGACAACGGUCUGGAAAACUGCCAGAACAUUCUGACGGAGUUGGGUCUGAAAUGGGAUUUGGUCGACGUCAGUGUGGCGCAUCUGGUCUGCAACACCGUCUCCUCGCGCUCUGCCCACCUCUGCGGCGCCGCCUUGGCGUCCAUCGUCAACCGUGUCCGCGUCAGCCGCGGGCUGGACCAUCUGAAGACCACCGUCGGGGUGGACGGGACGGUCUACAGAAAACACCCCAAUUUCGGCGACGAGCUCCGGGCGACGGUGCGCCUCCUCGCCCCCAAGUGCAGCAUCACCUUCCUCGUCUCGGAGGACGGCAGUGGGAAGGGCGCUGCCAUGGUAACGGCUGUGGCUCAGCGGCUGGCUCUCAAGUCCCGGCUGUUGGAGGACAGUGACGGCGAGGACGAGGAGGAGGAGGAGGAGGACGAGGAGGAAGAUUAAAAAGAGUAGAGAGGCUGCAGAUAAUCCACGACACUCGGAGGCAAAGCAAAUGGAAGUUUGGCCUUCAAACGCGAAGUCGGGAAUCGUUUUUAAAGCCUGUUUGUUUAAAGCCUGAAAUGUUUUCAAACAGCUACGAUGGUUAUUCUUGUGUAAACAACAGCGGGAGAAGAACCCAGAUCUUUAUCUUGAUUAAAAGCAGCAGAGCCACAGUGUAGAAAUACCCUGUUACGUGAAACGGUCCUGCGUUCAAAAUUCUACUAGACUACUUUAUUCCAGAGCCAUGUUCACUGUGCAAAUUAAGAGUUUACAGAAAACAAAAGUAAUAUGAUGCAUUAUUACAAAAUAAACUACCAAGUACUGUAAGACUUUAAGUAUCGAAACCUCGAACAACAACAUUAAAAUGCUGAUUGUAACGAAUCAGUGACGUGGUAAUAAUCAAACUUGAUGCCACAACAAAGGGACAUAAGUAAAGACCAGCAAUUAAAAUGUUUACAUCAAUAACAGUAGAAAAGUAUUUUCAUAAAAAUAUGUUUUAAGUGCCUUAAACGCAGAAUGACCCCCUUUAGAGUAAUAUAUCUAUUAUAUGGUUGGAUUAUAAUUAGUGAUGUGUUAAUGUGUACAUCACUUCAGUGUUGCAUCUGGCGGGAGCCCAUUUUAUAAUGACUUUAUAUAAAGCCGGGCAUGUUGCGUAUUUUAAAAGUCGUAUCUUAACCUAUUACAACCAGCUGCUCCAGUCCUGCACUUAUGGCUCCCCUCGAGUUUUCUCUGAUGUCUGUUACUUCCUGCUUCUACUCCACAACAUUUGUCGGAUGUUCAGUAUAUGGUCACUAGCUACUUUACAGAUUUAUAUUUUACACGCAAACAUGUGAUCAGCUUAUGAAAUGUGAUGCAUUGCUGUUUUUCAGUUGAAAUUUUGUCACCUGUUGAUUUCGUUUUUGUCACGUGCAUAAAGGUCAAUUUCUGAAUUCACUGAAGCAGAAUAAAAGAGGUUCACGUACUGUUGGGAAGCAGAGAGUCCCUGGAAAAACAUCAGAUAGAUUUCAUACAUAUGAACACCUCAGGCUGUUUGUCAGAAAACCACAAAUCACAUUUUCACCGUCAAAGUUAAACGAAUGAGACGAGACAACAGGAUUUUUACACAAUAAUAAAAUAUAAAAUAGAGUAUAAGAACA